UAAACCCGGAAAGAUCGCUCACGUUACCGUGGUCACCCAUCCGUUUCCUGCCUCAGCAGCAGAGUUGUAUCGGGAGACAGGGAAGACCGAACAACACCAUAACCUCAACCAACUCUACAAUGAAACUACCACCAAUAGUAUCCUCUCUCGAGGUCGGCUUCUUCACGAUACUGCUGGUGACUGGUCUCUCCACUCCAGGCCAGGCUGAAAUUACCAGUCUAGACACAGGAAACAUUGAAGACAUCCUCAACAAUGCUGGAGUGGCGUUGGUUAAUUUCUAUGCAGACUGGUGUAGAUUCAGCCAGAUGCUCCAGCCUAUCUUUGAGGAGGCAUCGAACAUCGCGAGGGAGGAGUUUCCUGAUGUCACUCAGGUGGUGUUUGCGCGCGUUGACUGUGAUCAGCACUCCGACAUAGCUCAGCGGUACAGGAUCAGUAAGUACCCUACGUUGAAGUUGUUCCGUAAUGGAAUGAUGAUGAAGAGGGAAUAUAGAGGUCAGAGGUCAGUCACAGCCAUCGCUGACUUCAUCCGCCAGCAGAAGGUCGAUCCCAUUAAAGAGAUACACAGUCUGGAGGAGGUCAACUCUGCAGAUAGGGACAGGCGUAACAUUAUUGGUUACUUUGACCAGAAGGAUUCUGAGAACUACCACACGUUUGAGAAGGUGGCCAACAUCCUCCGAGACGACUGUGUGUUUCUCGCUGCCUUCGGUGACGUGUCCCAGACAGAGAGGUUCAGUGGUGAUAAUGUGAUCUAUAAACCGAUGGGGGAGACUGUUCCUGACAUGGUGUACCUGGGCUCACUAACCAACUUUGAUCUCACCUACGCUUGGGCGCAGGACAAAUGUGUCCCUCUGGUCCGCGAGAUCACCUUCGAAAACGGAGAGGAGCUGACUGAAGAAGGGAUCCCAUUCCUCAUCCUGUUUCACGUGAAGGAGGACACAGAGAGCUUGGAGAAGUUCCAGCACGAGGUGGCACGCCAGCUCAUCAGCGAGAAAGGAUCUAUAAAUUUUCUGCAUGCGGACUGUGAAAAGUUCCGUCACCCACUGCUGCACAUCCAGAAGACGCCAGCAGACUGUCCUGUCAUUGCUAUAGACUCCUUCAGACACAUGUAUGUGUACCCUGAGUUCAGAGACAUUGAGAUCCCAGGGAAGCUGAGGCAGUUUGUUCUGGACCUCCACUCUGGGAAGUUACACAGAGAGUUCCACCAUGGCCCAGACCCGACAGACAGCACACCUGGACAGGAGGAGAUUGGUGAGGUGGCCAGUAACCCACCAGAGAGUUCCUUCCAGAAGUUAGCCCCCAGUGAGACGCGCUACACACUCCUCAGGGACCGUGAUGAACUGUGACCUCAACGACUUUACCACAACCCUGACCUAUGACCCACGACCCCAUGGCAUGCCCUGGAGUCAGUGUCCAGAGUCAGGACAGGCCAGAGGGAUGGGACAGCAACACCCCAACUCACCCCCAACACCCUUAAUGGAGAGAGAGGAGGAAGACAGGAUAAGGAAGACCAGAGAGUAGGUUAAAUCCAGGACAGCCGUGUUGGAAUAACCUAUAUUUUCAUAACUCUUACGUGUACAAUUUUUUUAUUUUAGAUAAAAAGGAUGAAACCAGAAGAAGAAAAUGGUGUGGGGUGGGGUGGGGUUGGGAUUAGGACAAAAAAAAGAAGCAAAGCGUUUUAACUUUUAUUUUUGGAGCUUGUAAAUAAUAAUAGUGCUUGUGCUGAGUGAGCGUUGGUCUUUGUCAUCCUGAUCUAAAUUAAAAAACGAUUUACUUUAGGUUCAAAAACAUGUAGCACCCUUUUUUUUGACGAGUGAGAUCCCUUGCUCCGGUUGUUCAGUCUCAUUAUGGUUCUUAUCUGUGUGUAGUCCAGCUCAGUCCCGUUUGAGUGAGAGAGGGUCCUGGAGGACUACAGUGUCUCGGCUGCAUCUCAAUAGUUCACCCCCCUCUUCUCCUUUCCUUUAUUUAAACUGAUGUGAAAGCAUAUUUCUGGCAGGUAUCCACUAUGCUGCUUCCACCUAUCCUAUGAUUUGAAAUAGGAUGAGAGGAGACGAGGAAAGGAACACAGAGUAUUGAGAUGCAGCUUUCCUCUCCCUGGUACUAAACUCAUGCAACUGAUGGGCCAGAGAGCCUAUUCACCUAAGUCACGUUCAGGAGGCACAAAAUGGUAGAACAUGUUUAGAAACAACGGAGAUACUACCAUAAACUGUCCAAUAGUUAAAUGUUUGUUUCCAUUGUCUGUCAGAAAAGCAUUUUCUCCCUUUUGUACUUGAACGUGCCCCAGAUCUGCAAUACUGACUCGGACGGUAGUUCCUAAAGGCUGAGAGGUGUCAGUCAGACACUGCUGCUCUAGAGGACAGGAGGGGAAUCUCACACUGAAGGAGAAAAAUCAGACUCUGGGCUGCAUCUCAAUCGUCUGCAGUGGCUUCUUCUCCAUCUGCACUGGUCUGACACAGGCCAGGCCACGCCCACUUAGCAACAAGUCCAGGUGACAGCAAUAUGGAAGAAGCUGACCUGGAAAGUAUCCUUAUUUCACCUGUCACUCAAAUCAGUUCAGAUGGAGCAAUGAAAGGAGACGAGGAGUAUUGAGACGCAUGCUGUGUGUUUAUUUAUAGUACUGUGUGUACAGUCCCUCCCUAGAACCCAACAGUACCCUGAUCUGACCAAUCACGAAGGGAGGGUUAAAGGGGGAGAAAUCUCAUUUCUAAAUCAGUCAUCUCGGAGAGGGAGAAAAUAAAACAAGUAAAUGAAACCAUUUUA